AUGCCGUACUACGCUGGCGGCACCUUACACUCUUUUAUUUCACAAGAGAGGAAACCGUGCGAAAAACCGAUCAUCGAGGAGUUGGACUGUUUAACUAUACAAAUCAUACGGGCAGUGGCCUUUCUACAUGAAAAUGACAUUGCCCAUGGCGACCUGAGGCCAGAACAUAUACUCCUCACGGCCCAUGGCGCAGUGAAAGUGGGUGGCUUUGGUGAAGACGAAGAUGCAGUUCGAGGACUAGCCGAGCUAUUACAUAGCGGUAAUCUCCCAUCAUCCUUUUCGGUACCAAACCCUGACUCAACCCUAGAGCCUGAAGAUAAGCCAAACCUGUGCAUUCGGAGAAGGAUCUCGGAGUCCAGUAUUCCUUAUCUUCCCCCGGAGAGAUUUUCUGAUCGCCAUGGCUCUCAUCCUCAGAGCUAUACCCAUGAAGAUGUCUCUGAUCUCAAACCGGGAGAUAUAUGGGCAUGCGGCAUAAUCUGCAUGCUACUUCGAUCUCGCCGGUUCCUCUGGCACAGCGCGCAGAUAGUUAAUCCUGACAAAUCCUUUGCCAAUUACCUCCACUAUCGUCUAGAGGAAGGCGGGUAUGGUCCCAUACAGGUUCUUGAAAAUCAUUACCGAAAUGUGAUUUACGCAAUGUUACAUCCCGACUUGUGGCCGAGGAUUACUGCAGAGGAGGUCUUAAGAUCUGAAUGGGCCCUCGGAGUUGCAGUUUGUGAGAUUGGGGAAAUGGGGUCUUGA